AUGGAGGGGCUGCAGCAGUCCUUGAUAGAUAAAGACAAAAUUAUUACGACAAAUCAAAGCCUGAUGUCAGACUUUGAGAUCGACAGGAAAGCUUUGCAGGAUCGUAUCACCUCUCUCACAGAAGAGAUGGUCCUCAAGGAUCAGUCCUCUGUGGGGGAAAUUACCGAAAUAACCAAAGACUACACCUUAAAGGUCAGUUCUCUUCAGGAGCAGAUGGAGGGGCUGCAGCAGUCCUUGAUAGAUAAAGACAAAAUUAUUACGACAAAUCGAAGUCGAAUGUCAGACUUUGAGAUCGACAGGAAAGCUUUGCAGGAUCGUAUCACCUCUCUCACAGCAGAGAUGGUCCUCAAGGAUCAGUCCUCUGUGGGGGAAAUUACCGAAAUAACCAAAGACUACACCUUAAAGGUCAGUUCUCUUCAGGAGCAGAUGGAGGGGCUGCAGCAGUCCUUGAUAGAUAAAGACAAAAUUAUUACGACAAAUCAAAGUCUGAUGUCAGACUUUGAGAUCGACAGGAAAGCUUUGCAGGAUCGUAUCACCUCUCUCACAGAAGAGAUGGUCCUCAAGGAUCAGUCCUCUGUGGGGGAAAUUACCGAAAUAACCAAAGACUACACCUUAAAGGUCAGUUCUCUUCAGGAGCAGAUAGAGGGGCUGCAGCAGUCCUUGAUAGAUAAAGACAAAAUUAUUACGACAAAUCAAAGUCUGAUGUCAGACUUUGAGAUUCACAGGAAAGCUUUGGAGGAUCGUAUCACCUCUCUCACAGAAGAGAUGGUCUUCAAGGAUCAGUCCUCCGUGGGGGAAAUUACCGAAAUAACCAAAGACUACACCUUAAAGGUCAGUUCUCUUCAGGAGCAGAUGGAGGGGCUGCAGCAGUCCUUGAUAGAUAAAGACAAAAUUAUUACGACAAAUCAAAGUCUGAUGUCAGACUUUGAGAUCGACAGGAAAGCUUUGCAGGAUCGUAUCACCUCUCUCACAGCAGAGAUGGUCCUCAAGGAUCAGUUCUCUGUGGGGGAAAUUACCGAAAUAACCAAAGACUACACCUUAAUGGUCAGUUCUCUUCAGGAGCAGAUGGAGGGGCUGCAACAGUCCUUGAUAGAUAAGGACAACAUUAUUACGACAAAUCAAAGUCUGAUAUCAGACUUUGAGAUCGACAGGAAAGCUUUGCAGGAUCGUAUCACCUCUCUCACAGAAGAGAUGGUCCUCAAGGAUCAGUCCUCUGUAGGGGAAAUUACCGAAAUAACCAAAGACUACACCUUAAAGGUCAGUUCUCUUCAGGAGCAGAUGGAGGGGCUGCAGCAGUCCUUGAUAGAUAAAGACAAAAUUAUUACGACAAAUCAAAGUCUGAUGUCAGACUUUGAGAUUGACAGGAAAGCUUUGCAGGAUCGUAUCACCUCUCUCACAGCAGAGAUGGUCCUCAAGGAUCAGUCCUCUGUGGGGGAAAUUACCGAAAUAACCAAAGACUACACCUUAAAGGUCAGUUCUCUUCAGGAGCAGAUGGAGAGGCUGCAGCCGUCCUUGAUAGAUAAAGACAAAAUUAUUACGACAAAUCAAAGUCUGAGGUCAGACUUUGAGAUCGACAGGAAAGCUUUGCAGGAUCGUAUCACCUCUCUCACAGAAGAGAUGGUCCUCAAGGAUCAGUCCUCUGUGGGGGAAAUUACUGAAAUAACCAAAGACUACACCUUAAAGGUCAGUUCUCUUCAGGAGCAGAUGGAGGGGCUGCAGCAGUCCUUGAUAGAUAAAGACAAAAUUAUUACGACAAAUCAAAGUCUGAUGUCAGACUUUGAGAUCGACAGGAAAGCUUUGGAGGAUCGUAUCACCUCUCUCACAGAAGAGAUGGUCUUCAAGGAUCAGUCCUCCGUGGGGGAAAUUACCGAAAUAACCAAAGACUACACCUUAAAGGUAUGUUCUCUUCAGGAGCAGAUGGAGGGGCUGCAGCAGUCCUUGAUAGAUAAAGACAAAAUUAUUACGACAAAUCAAAGUCUGAUGUCAGACUUUGAGAUCGACAGGAAAGCUUUGCAGGAUCGUAUCACCUCUCUCACAGAAGAGAUGGUCCUCAAGGAUCAGUCCUCUGUGGGGGAAAUUACCGAAAUAACCAAAGACUAUACCUUAAAGGUCAGUGCUCUUCAGGAGCAGAUGGAGGGGCUGCAGCAGUCCUUGAUAGAUAAAGACAAAAUUAUUACGACAAAUCAAAGUCUGAUAUCAGACUUUGAGAUUGACAGGAAAGCUUUGCAGGAUCGUAUCACCUCUCUCACAGAAGAGAUGGUCCUCAAGGAUCAGUCCUCUGUGGGGGAAAUUACCGAAAUAACCAAAGACUACACCUUAAAGGUCAGUUCUCUUCAGGAGCAGAUGGAGGGGCUGCAGCAGUCCUUGAUAGAUAAAGACAAAAUUAUUACGACAAAUCAAAGUCUGAUGUCAGACUUUGAGAUUGAGAGGAAAGCUUUGCAGGAUCGUAUCACCUCUCUCACAGAAGAGAUGGUCCUCAAGGAUCAGUCCUCUGUGGGGGAAAUUACCGAAAUAACCAAAGACUACACCUUAAAGGUCAGUUCUCUUCAGGAGCAGAUGGAGGGGCUGCAGCAGUCCUUGAUAGAUAAAGACAAAAUUAUUACGACAAAUCAAAGUCUGAUGUCAGACUUUGAGAUCGACAGGAAAGCUUUGCAGGAUCGUAUCACCUCUCUCACAGAAGAGAUGGUCCUCAAGGAUCAGUCCUCUGUAGGGGAAAUUACCGAAAUAACCAAAGACUACACCUUAAAGGUCAGUUCUCUUCAGGAGCAGAUGGAGGGGCUGCAGCAGUCCUUGAUAGAUAAAGACAAAAUUAUUACGACAAAUCAAAGUCUGAUGUCAGACUUUGAGAUCGACAGGAAAGCUUUGCAGGAUCGUAUCACCUCUCUCACAGAAGAGAUGGUCCUCAAGGAUCAGUCCUCUGUGGGGGAAAUUACCGAAAUAACCAAAGACUAUACCUUAAAGGUCAGUUCUCUUCAGGAGCAGAUGGAGGGGCUGCAGCAGUCCUUGAUAGAUAAAGACAAAAUUAUUACGACAAAUCAAAGUCUGAUGUCAGACUUUGAGAUUGACAGGAAAGCUUUGCAGGACCGUAUCACCUCUCUCACAGCAGAGAUGGUUUUCAAGGAUCAGUCAUACCAGGAGGAAAAGACCAAGAAGGAUCUGGAAAAUGAGUCUUUCUUUGAUGCCCUGGACUUUGUUUCUGAGGAGAAAGAUGUGGAAACAUCUGCUUACAGAACAAUAGGCAAAUAUCUCAUCAGGGGACUCAUCGGGUUGAGUGUAGUGACUGUGUCUGCCACCGGGGGCUUCCUUCUCGGCCGUUCGGUCUGGAGUGAAGAUGCUUGCUGUUACUGUGGCUUUGAUGAGACUCCUGCUUUCUUCUAA